UUGCCACGACAUAAGGGCCAACAUGUCUCCCUCACUUCCAUGUUCACUUUUCUAAACUUUAAGAUACGUCAAUAGAUGUUGAAGGGCAGCAAAAGAAGGAGGUGAAGAGAGGAAGCGAGAAAAGAGAAAAGCAAGGGCUGAAGAGACCAUCAAUCGCUGUACUGCGCGGUAAGAGAAUAUCUGAGGAGAUCGAGCAGCAUUGCUUGCCACCUACUCAAACCCAUCAUUUCUUUUCCGGAAAAAAAAAAUUGCAGAAAAGGAAGCAUUAGAAAUACCCAGGUCCCAUACCCUCUCGCCCUUCAUGCAGUACUCGCAUAAACCUCGCUCGGGAAGAUAAUUCGAAGAGCGGAAGAGAGGAGAGGAGGAAGGAGGGAGGAGCAGAAGUCGUCUCGAUGGAUAAGCAACAGGGUUCCUGCGAUACCCAUUUUCAUGUUCUGGCAGUAGAUGAUAGUUUGGUUGAUAGGAAAAUCUUGGAGAGACUCCUCAGAGUUUCUUCGUAUCAAGUUACCAGUGUGGAAUCCGGAAGUAAGGCUUUGGAAUUUCUGGGUUUGAUGGAUGACAUGGAUUCUUCUUCACGCCGAAGACAGGACAUGAAAGUAAAUCUAAUAAUCACAGACUACUGUAUGCCUGGCAUGAGCGGCUAUGAAUUACUCAAGAGAAUCAAGGAAUCUUCCUGCAAGGACAUCCCUGUCGUGGUUAUGUCAUCUGAGAAUGUACCAUCAAGAAUCAGCAGGUGCUUGGAAGGUGGAGCGGAAGAAUUCCUGUUAAAACCUGUGCGGUUGUCCGAUAUGGAGAAGCUUCAUCCUCAUCUUCUGAAGUCCCAACAAUUCAUCGACAACAAAAGUAAGAAAUCAAGGAAAAGAAAGGCCAUUUCUCCUGAGCCCGUAGAAAGGAGCACUAAAACUCGAGGGCUAAGAGUUGCGUGAAAGAUUUAAUUUAUUAUCAGAAUUUUGUUUUGUUUAGUGCUAAAAGAGAGAAAGCAUAUGUGGGAUUUGUUGGGAUUCCACUCGGCGCCCUCUCUAUUUGUUUGUACACAUUAGUCUAGUCUUUUUGAGAGUAGCCAAAAUUUAUUUUAUUUGUCUUUAGAGAACUGGAGCAGAGGCCUCUGUAUUUUCUCAACCCAAUUGGGACUGCAUCUCAUCAUCAUCUUGGGUUUGUUGCCAUCCAUCAGAUUUGUGUAAAUAGUUCUUAAUUUCUUUGAUGUUCAA